UCAUCGUCCCCAUUUCAGUGAUCCUGAGGUCCUAUAGCUUAAAUCCUUUCCCUCUCAGAGGUCUCAGGUGAUAGAGACCAAAUCACAAGAUUCAGAGUUUUGUUACAGAAGUAAAACGAUGCAUCCUCCACUUACCCCACAUAGACAUCCUCUGUGUCUUGAGAUAAUUGAGGAGUUCCAAAAGUGUCAUUUAGAGCAUCCCAUUGGUAAAUUCUUUGGGGAGUGUACAGAGCUGAAAGUAAAGCUUGAUCGGUGUUUCCGCCAAGAGAAAGCUGUGAAGCGGAAGGUAAAUUUCGAACGAAGCAAGAAGCUUCAAGAAAGGCUCAAAACUAUAAGGAAAGAAGAAACUGCGGAGACUUGAGUUUUGUUGGAUACUGAUCUCGAUGAAGAAGUUUAUUUUGAAAAGAACACGUUUAUGAUAGAUCCAGGAGGAAGAGUUUGAAUACACUUUUCGUCUCGUAAAUGAGCGAAAAACACGGGUUUAUACAUCUAUUGAUUAGGGUUUAAAAUGAGUUGGUUAUUGGAGUGUAUAAAGCUAAUUAGCCUGGUCUGCAACGAUUAUGUGACUGGCGGUUAAUUAGCUUGGAGUGUAAGGCUACUAUACGCUAUAAAAAUGCAGUAAAUAAGA